AAGUCUAGUCAACAACAGACGGUCGUGAAAGAACUUGAACGAUGACUGACUUGUUGACUGUUCGGCACAGAGGCAAGGACCGGAAGAAAGAGCACGAAGAAGAAGAAGACUCCACCAGCGUCGUACAUGCAAGGUGCAACGGCGAUAUCUCGCUGUCUCAUAGUGCAAGCGACUACGUUCGAAGACAGACGAUGAUACUGCGAGCUGAGUUUCUCGAGCAGGUGGAUGGUCAUCUUGACAAGUUGCUGGAGAAGGUGGCUCUCGUUCACAAGACGCCAGACGAAUGUGUCAGCUCAGAUAAUGAGAACGGCUCCAAUGACAGGAAACGGAAAACGCACAAAGUGUUUGUUGAGAGAGAAUCACUGCUGACGACGCUGUUUUUGUCUGAGGAGAUCAAGACCAUCUAUAACAUUUUUGUGGCCAUUCUGAUUGUGAUGAGCUUGAACACCUUAGUGUACGAUCUCAUGGCUCAAGGCAGGUUGGUGUUAGACUUCUCUCAUAUUGGAUGGGCAUUUGGACAAUUCCCGCUCGUCAUUACUCUGUGGAUGGUGAUGCAAGCUCAAGCGCUGCUCGCUUUUCCGGCAUUUCAGAUGUGGACUUUGACUCGUUCUGAAAGUCGGUUACGAAUUGCGGUCAUUGAUUUGUUGUGGCUACUUGCAUACAUACUUUUCCAAAUCACUUUUAUAAUAUAUCCCGUAAUGGCAGUGUAUAGCUGGGAACUGCCAUUGGCAUCUACGAUUGUUGUGACAUGUGAACAGGUUCGGUUUCUUAUGAAAGUUCAUGCAUUUGUGAGAGAAAACGCUGUAAAAGUUGUUUGUCCUGCAUCGCAAGACCUACCGAAAGGGAACACGCUGGAAUUGCCAGGUUUUUCAAAAUAUCUUUACUUUCUGUUCGUACCAACUCUCAUUUAUCGCGAUACAUAUCCACGCACUAAUGUCAUUCGUUGGAAAUACGUAGUAACAAAUUUUGCUCAGGUGGUUGCUUGUUUGUUCUACACGUAUUAUAUAUUUGCUCGCUUUUUGGUUCCUGUGUUUCACAAUGUCGGAAGGGAGCCUCUUAGUCUGAGAAAUCUGACUCUACUGACAUUCAGCAGUAUGGUUCCGGGGAUGAUGAUUCUUAUUCUCGGAUUCUUUUGCAUUUUACAUUCGUGGAUGAACGCGUUUGCCGAAAUGAUGCGGUUUGCUGAUCGUGAGUUUUAUCAGGAUUGGUGGAAUAGUCGUCAGUUUGCUAGAUUUUACCGAACGUGGAACGUCAUCGUACACGAAUGGCUGUACUACUACGUGUUCAGAGACACGAUGAGGUUAUGUCAGAACAGUCAUCGAAAGGAAGCAAUAGCACGGGUAACAGUUUUCGUGCUUUCGGCCGUUGUCCACGAAUACGUUAUAGCUGCAAUGCUUCGCUUCUUCUACCCGAUCAUGAUGAUAAUGUUUGGUGGAGUCGGAUUCUCGUUUAUUUGGUUGACGAAGAACAGAGAGUAUCGAGUGUGGAACGUGUUCAUGUGGGUGAUGCUCUUCAUGGGCUGUGGCAUGCUGAUGACUCUCUACACACACGAAUGGUACGUUCGAAGAAACUGUCCACUUUACGAUGACUUUUGGGCCAACUACUUUGUACCACGGACAUGGACAUGUAACUAUGCUUCACCUAUGUAACACUAAAAUGCAGGCUCUUGUGGACGAUAUUCUGGAUGCGAUUUUAAACGGUGAAAGGUAACUUUUAACAAUCCAGAACUAUAAUUUGUAUUGCAAUGAGGAUGUGUAAUUGACUAAGAUGUGUUAUGUCGAGAUGGGAUGGAUAUUUCGUUGUUUUAUUGAUCUUUACACUAAAUGAUUACAGCUGUAAGUCAGUGUUAGGUCACAGUGA